AUGGACAAGCUUCCUCAAGCUUUAAUACUCGAAAUCCUGAGUCGACUCAAUGACUCGGCCGACGUAGCUCGCUGCCGACUCGCUUGGAAAACUUUCGAUGCUCUUUCUUCAGACCUUCGAUCAAUCAAUCUUCAAUGCUCACUGGAAAGGUACAUCAGAUCAAGGUCUAGGGCUUCGGAUUCUUCAAGUUCUGCCCAAAUUACAAUUCCUUUCAAGAGAAUUUUCCUUAAUCUUGUAUCGAAUCUGAGAGUUGUUGAUUCGGUGCGAAUCGGCACCGAGAAGCCGCUGCGAGAUGUCUCGUACGACGACGUUGAGGAUGAGGCUGAUGAUCUGUACCUCACUGAUGGGAAUUUUGUUAAGGAGUGGCUGCCUAGGGUUUCUGGAGAAUUGAAAUCGCUUUCGGUAUCUGAUUUUUGGGUUCAGUCUUGCUGGCGUCGAUCGAAUCUUUUGCCGCUGGUUUCUGCGUAUUGCCAUAAUCUUCUUAAAUUAGAGGUGAAGAAUGCAUGGCUUUCAGUAGAUAAUUUGAAUCCAAUGCCAAACCUAACAAGUUUGACACUUGAAUUUAUACGAUUAGACGAUGAUAACCUAAACGAGUUGAAUAGGUGCUUUCCGUCUCUUCAAGUUCUUAACUUGAUCGGUGUUGGAGGACUGAAACUACCUACCAUCCACCUUCCGAACCUCAAAACCUGUCACUGGGCUGUAUCUAAUGCCCCAUCGUCGUUAUCUCUAAUUGCCCCCAACCUCAUUACCCUAAGACUCGAAUGCGUAAGACCCACCGCACUUUAUGUCGAAGCUCCGAUGUUGGCUCACUUCCAUCUCGCCCUUGAUCAUGCCGACACAUUCGUGGUUAGAAGGUUCGAGAAUCUGAAAACCCUUUGGCUCGAGUGUUUAUAUAUCGGGUCUUUAUGUUUUAAAUUCCCGCUUACAAUAUCAGUAGAACAUCUUACCGUGGACUCGCGUAAGUGGGCAAAAGGAGCCGCUGGAUAUUCCAAUUUUACCCUAGAUAAGUUGUUCACGGUUUUCCCAACUGUUAGUUCCCUAUGUAUCAACCCGAGUGCGUGGUCGGAAUUAGAGGCGUGUUACGAUCCCGACGGUUGGGAGAUUAGGCGCGGGAGGAGGGGAUUGAAAACGUUUCGUGCAUAUUUGUUGCUGGUUGACCCUUUGUUGACUUUCUCAUCCGUUGCUUCCGUGGUGAACCAAUGCAAGGUCUUGUCGGAGGUCUCGUUGAUGAUCCACCGUGAUGUUGUUGCUAACGUGUCGAAAGGUUUCAUUUCUAGGUGCAUGAAUUGUUGGCCUGGACUCGAGUGGAAAUGGGGAUUGUGGAAAGAAGGAACGGAAGAUUCUUGGAUAACCGAUCAUAUAUCCGAUUCAACGCCACAAAUCAUGAUAUGAUCCAUCGAAGGCGAAAAUACUGGUAAAUCGAAGAUUUCAAAUGGGUCGAUUACAAGAACACAAGUAAGUUUCUCUCUUAUGUUGUUGUGUUUAUGUAAAUAUGAUGGUAUGUAAUUAGAUUUUGAUCGGGGUCGAUAAUAUUAGUUUUAGUAGAAAAUAGUAUUAAAUCCGUUUUCGUUUUUCGCUUUGUCCGUUAUUUCUAAGUAAUCGAGAUGCAUGCAGAAGGAAACAAUCGAGUUGUUCGUAAGAUGAUGACAACAACAUUUUACGAGCAACUCGAGUGUUGUGUUUGUUAGUUUUC